AAAGCAGAUGCAGGUGUCUGGAUCAACCGCAGGUUUAGUACAGCGUCGGAAAUCGCGCACCGGCUAUGCCCCACACAACAGUGCCAGACAGCGGAUGCGUGGACGCGCGGGUGUACUCAGCCCCCGACCACCCCGCUGUAUCCUAUUUGUCUACUUGUUGUCAUGGAGGAGCCAAGAUGGCGGUCCUGGCCUAUAGCCUAGGCAAACGGGAAAUAAAUCAGUAUUUUUGCAUUAAAAAUGCUAAAUUAUUAUCUCUCGCUGCCGUCAUCCUACUCACCGUGUUUCACACAGUUUCUCGGUAUUAUGGAGGAGGAGACACAUGUGAGUGGUUGCUGUCCAGUGGUCGGUUCUUAGGAGAAAACGUAUGGCAGCCCUAUGGCUGUAUGAUGCACAAAUAUAAAAGCAUUGAAGCAAAGACUUGCCUUGCUGAGAAAAGGGUGGCCUUCAUUGGCGAUUCCAGAAUACGGCAGCUAUUUUAUUCAUACAUACAAAUAAUCGAUCCUACACAAAAAGAGAAUGGAAGAAAGCACGAGAACAUUCCCUUCGAAGAUAGGAGCUCUUCAGUCAAUGUGGACUUCCUGUGGUAUGCAGAGGUGAAUAACUCUCUGAAGGAGCGCUUGAUGUCAUGGACAGAGGAUCCUUCUGUAAAACCAGAUGUAGUCAUCAUCGGAGCUGCCACUUGGUCCAUCAAGUUGCGUAGUGGCAGCAGUGAGGCGCUGCAGCAGUACAGGGCCAACCUCACAGCCAUCUCCUUGCCUCUGGAACAACUGGCUGAGGAUGGGGAGGUCUACUGGGUCUUACAGGACCCUGUCCAUGAGGAAGUUUUGAGUGAUAACAGGAAGAUGAUUACUAACGAGCAGUUGGAGCUGUACAACGAGGCGGCGCUCGGCACUCUGAACAGCAACAGGAAGAACGCCAAGGCCAGAGUCAGGUUCUUGGGCGCCUCGCGCCAGGCUGCCAUGGAAACCAUUGCCCAAUCAGCUGAUGGCCUGCACCUGCCCGAGAACACCCGGAACGUGGGUGCCAUGAUCCUGAUGAACGCUGUGUGCAACAAGGUCCUGCGGCCCAUCCACGGUUCCUGCUGCCAGGCCCUGCCGGCCCCCAGCCUCCUCCAGAAACUGACGGCCUGUGUCUUCCUGGGCUCAACACUGGUAUUCCUGGUGCUUCAUGCUCUGGGCCACAACAGGUACACGCUCCCUUGCACUGGAAGUCCCGGCCCACUCCCCCCCGACGUGGAGAGUGGCGAGGAGAAGCCGGCCACGGCGGCGUCGCCUCUCAGCCACAAGGCUCCGUUCCAGGCCAUGUGUAAGAUGGGCCUCAUCAUGGCUUACUUCUACCUGUGUGACCGGGCCGACGUCUUCAUGAAGGAGCAGAAGUUCUACACCCACUCCACCUUCUUCAUCCCCCUCAUCUAUGUGUUUGUCCUGGGAAUCUUCUACAGCGAGAACAGCAAGGAGACCAAGUUGCUGAACAGAGAGCAGACCGACGAGUGGAAGGGCUGGAUGCAGCUGGUCAUCCUCAUCUACCACAUAUCUGGAGCCAGCGCCUUCAUCCCGGUGUACAUGCAUGUUCGGGUCCUGGUGGCAGCAUACCUCUUCCAGACAGGAUAUGGACACUUCUCCUUCUUCUGGCUCAAAGGGGACUUUGGACUCUACAGAGUGUGCCAGGUCCUAUUCCGUCUCAACUUCCUGGUCAUAGUUUUGUGUCUGGUGAUGGAUCGGCCGUACCAGUUCUACUAUUUUGUGCCUCUGGUCACUUUCUGGUUCGUCAUAAUCUACGCCACCAUGGCCAUGUGGCCCCAGAUACUGCAGAAGAAAGCCAAUGGUAGUGGGAUGUGGCACAUUGGAAUUCUAGUGAAGCUGCUUGGGCUACUCCUGUUCAUCUGCUUCUUUGCGUAUUCACAGGGGUUGUUUGAGAACAUUUUCUCAGUCUGGCCCGUCUCCAAGCUCUUUGAGCUGAACGGAAGCAUUCACGAGUGGUGGUUUAGGUGGAAGCUGGAUCGAUUUGCCAUUAUCCACGGGAUGCUGUUUGCCUUUGUCUACCUGUUGCUGCAGAAGUGCCAGGUCCUCUCUGAGGGGAAAGGAGAGUCUCUCUUCUCCACAACAAUCUCCAACAUCCUACUCCUCAUCUCUGUGGUCUCAUUCAUGACCUACUCCAUAUGGGCCAGCAGCUGUAAAAACAAGACAGAGUGCAACGAGAUGCAUCCCUACAUCUCAGGGCUCCAGAUCCUAGCCUUCAUCCUAAUCAGAAACAUUCCCGGAUACGCCCGCUCUCUAUACAGCUCAUUCUUCGCAUGGUUCGGGAAGAUCUCCCUAGAGCUGUUCAUCUGCCAGUACCACAUCUGGCUGGCGGCGGACACCAAGGGCAUCCUGGUGCUGAUCCCAGGCAACCCCUCGCUCAACAUAAUUCUCAGCACCUUCAUCUUUGUGUGUGUGGCCCAUGAGAUCUCCCUGAUUACCAACGACCUGGCCCAGGUGGUCAUCCCCAAGGACGGGGCCGCCCUGCUCAAGAGGCUGCUGGCUGCCGGGGUCUUCACCCUGGGUCUACUUCUGAUGUCCAAGAGCGCUGAAGGGAACCAGGGAGAAGGCCACUGAGAUGAGGGGAGGGGGUAUCACUGUGGGGGAGAGGUAGACUGAUUUCUAGACUAAUAAGAGUGACUGACUGGUUAGUCUUCCAUGACCCCAGGGUCGUAUUCAUUUGGCACCAAACUGAAGAAAAUUGACUGAUAGAUGUGUUCCAUUGCAAACCUUUUAAAACCUUUUGCUACGGUUUGCAUCAAUGAAUACGACAGAGUUGAACAGGCCAAGUCAAGGAUAUGGCACUGCUGUCUGUCUCUCUUGACUGCUCUGCUCUGAGUACUGGGGUGAAAGUCAUACACUGAAGAGGACGAGGUCCCAACUUGGGCCCACACAUCACUGAACAGCUCAUUAAUAAGGUACUGACUCCAUACUAUAGACAUUUACAAUGGAAGAAGGGUGAGGUGGGGGUGGAGGAUCGGGAGUAAUGGUGGGUUUGAUGAUGUGUGGAUUUUUUAAACAAAUUGCUACCCAGAUGACUCCCUAUGCAGUGUACUAGCUUUGACUGUGCUCUGGUCUAAAGUAGUGCACUAUAUAGAGAAGGGUGCCAUUUGGGAUGCAGGUAGAAACAAAUAAAGUUUGCCUUGUGCUGAAAAGUGAGGUCAGCAGUCACCUAGCUCUGAAAUCUAUGUUUUAUGCACAUUAUUUAAUUAUUUAAAUGAAGCUUCUAUUUUAUACAGGGUUAUUUUUGUUGUUGCUUUUGUUUUUCCAUUUGUUGUGUAUGUGCCCAUGACUGCUGUUUGUUUGUGAAUGAAGUAUUGCCUAGAUA